AUGCCGACACCAAAUGCUCGAUACAACGUGUCAUUGUCCCCUAGACAUCUACCACCUUGCGCACCCAACUCCAGAAGUAGCGCCGCGGCGAAAGGGGGAAGCACCCAAUUAUUGGUCUACACAAGACCUUGCCACUACGGUAGUGAUGACACCACACUCGACACCACGUUGCUACCUAGUCGAACACUCGAUACAAAUGACCCCUCUUCGCCAACUGAAGCAAAUACUCUGAAACCCCAACGAUCUUGCGCGCCGAGGUUGGUAAUGCAAGACUACAAAAAGCAUAUCGUCUGGGCUUGUCUCCUGAUUCUUACUCCUCUUCCGCUAGCGGCUGUUCUGAUCUCUUUGAUUUAUGCCAAUCUAGAGCCUCAAAACUAUAGUCCUGGCUUCCCUGAUAGCCUUACCAUAAACAGCAUGAACUAA